GGGAAGAGAGGGAAGAGGGGAAGGAAAAUGAAGAGGAAGAAGAAGGGGAAGGGGAAGAAGAGGGGGAAGAAGGAGAGGGGGAGGAGGGAGAGGGAAGGAAGGGAGAGGACGAGGAAGAGGAGAAAGAGGAGAAAGUUGAAAAGGAAGGAGUGGCAACUGGCGAUUCACUUGGCAAUGUUGAUACGUCGUAGCUUGCCAAAUAUGACAUUUGUGGUUGUUCCUGAUUGUUCCUGAUAGUGAUAUUGUAAUGAACGUGUGUACGUGGGUAGGUGUUUACGCCAAAUGCGCAUUCUCUCCUCCAUCCGCUGCACGUUCAGGGCUACCCAUUUUGCCAGUUUCGCUCGCAGCAAGUUCGCUCCUUCUUCUAGACCUCCGGCUACACGUACCUGCAGUCUCUUCCGGCUCCGCGAGCUGCCUGUCUUCUCUGCCAGUUACGUGCAACUAGCGUUCUUCAAGAAUAUUCCAGCGACUACCAUGGGUGCAGGAGGAUCCAAGAACGGAGAAGGCGAGAGAGAGAAGAAGAAGAGUACAAAGAAGGGAGAGAAGGAGACGGCAGCUAUCGCGACGCCAGCCCAGCAGCAAGCGGCCGAGGGAGCAAAGGAAAGCGGCGCAGCUGCAGAUGGGGUGGGAUAUGUGGAGUGUGCGGUGGCCAAGGCCUCCGAGUUCGGAGAGAACGAGAUGAAAGAGGUGGAGCUUGAGGAGAAGAAAGUGCUGGUCAUCCAUCAGAACGGAGCCUGGUCCGCUAUGGGUGCAAAGUGCACUCACUACGGAGCUCCCCUGAUCAAGGGUUGCCUUGGAAACGGCCGAGUGCGGUGUCCCUGGCACGGCGCCUGUUUCAACACAACUUCUGGCGACAUUGAAGACUUUCCCGGCCUAGACAGUCUCCCUCUCUUCCAGGUGAGAGUUGAGGGUGAUGAUGUCAUAGUAAAAGCAGAUAAGGCAUUGCUAAGCAACACUAGGAGGACGAAGCAGUCUGUGGUGGCAUCGGUUGAGGAGGACAAGAGGACAUUUCUCAUUAUUGGAGGAGGUCCUGCGUCUGUUGUAGCUGCCGAGACACUGCGGCAAGAGGGGUUCAAAGGUCGUGUAAUUCUGGCUUGUCGAGAAAACGUGUUGCCAUACGACAGAAUCAAACUGAGCAAAGCUCCAAACCUGAAUGCUGACUCAAUUCUGCUGAGACCGGCAGAAUUCUAUUCCAGUCAUGACAUCGAGGUCGUCCUCGGGAAGGAGGCGACGGGGGUGGACAAGGAGGGGAAAAAGGUAAAAUUCUCAGACGGAGAGGAGAUCAGUUACGACAAACUGUUGCUGGCCACUGGAUCAAAGCCUCGCUCCCUCCCCGUCCCGGGGUUCGAGGGGAACGUUCUCCUUCUCCGAGACCCCGCCCAGGCCAACGCCAUAGCAACCAUGGCCGAGGGGAAGAGGGUCGUCGUCAUUGGAACCUCGUUCAUUGGGAUGGAGGUGGCGGCCUAUCUGUGUGGCAAGGCAGCUAGCGUCUCAUGUAUCGACAUUGCCGCCGUGCCGUUUGAGAGAGUCCUGGGGACUCGCAUUGGGAAGAUGCUGCAGGGGAUGCUAGAGGAGAAGGGGGUGGAGUUUCAUCUGAAUGCCGGUGUAAAGGAGAUAGUAGUGGAAGAUGGGAAGGUAACGGGAGUGAUGCUGCCGUCGGGGGAGACCCUGUCUUGUGAGGUCGUUAUUGCCGGAGUGGGUGUGGUCCCGGCAACGGAAUUCCUGAAGGACUCUGGGCUGCCGCUGAGUGGGCGUGGCGAGGUGGUUGUCGACGGCAACAUGUGUGCAGAGGGAGACGUGUAUGCAGCGGGAGACAUUGCGAGAUUUCCUCUGCCUCUCAUCGGUGACUCCGCCUCCAUCGGACACUGGCAGCUGGCCCACUACCAUGGUCGAGUGGCAGCCAGGAACAUGGGUGGUAGAGAAGAGACAUAUUCCAGUAUCCCCUUCUUCUGGACUGUUCUCUUUGGCAAGAGUCUUCGAUACUGCGGCCAUGCUCUGAGCUGGGAUGACAUCAUCUUUGAUGGCGAACCAGAGGAGAUGAAAUUCUCCGCAUUCUUCGUCAAAGAUGACAAGGUGCUGGCCGUGUGCAGUUUGAACUCUGACCCCGUAGUCUCGCAGGCUGCGGAGCUAAUGUUCCAGGGUAAAAUGCCGUCUGCAUCUCAGCUCAGGAAGAAUCCUAAGCUGAGUAGCCAUCUCUGA